UUCUAAGGAGUGGGAUUUCUUUUAAAAAAUAAUAUAUAAGACUACAUAGCGGCCAAGUGUUUUUUUUGGAUUGUACCAAUUAAUCCCGAUCUUCCGAGCUUCAAAUGUUCGAGUCACCUUUACUCUAUUCACUUUUACUAGUAAUACCAUAUCUUGUUAUCAAAUAUGGAUCUCUUUGGCGAAGAAGUUUAACCCCGAAUACAAAGGGCAUCACUAAUAAAAAGUCAGCAUUCUAUGACAAGAGCAAAACAUCAUCUCUUGAGCCAAUGCCGGCGGAUUUCCAAUGGGAUUCAAUUGAUCCAAUCAAACUGUACCCUUUCAAAAAUGCUGCGUAUAAACUCACCAUGGGGAUCAAAUCAUUAGAUGUGCAAGAUUGGCUUUUAAUAGAACCGACAUAUCUUGAUAGAAUAGAAGAAAAGACCAAGAUUGUUACCAAUAAUCAUCCAGAUUAUCCCAAGAGCAAAGAUUUACCCCAAAGAACUGUAUUCCUUACUGAUGAAUGUAUCCCCGCAGUUCAUGAGUUUUACGAUGUGGUUGUCAAUUACAUGUGUACUAAAUAUCCAAUGUAUUUCACAAAAUCUGAAGAUGGAGAACAGUUAUACAACUCUAUAACAAAGGAAUUUAUACCUCUGGACUCGCUGAAAAUAUCCGGAGACUUCAGUACCACCCGCUACCUUUUACUCAAACUUGUUAGAACCAUUGAGGAAGAUUUUAUCAUUCUCUUGAAAGAUCCAACCCGUGAAAAUGAAGUUGAUGGUACAGAAUAUUUCUUUAAAGGUGGAGUAUUCGCAUUUGCUGCUGGUUUUAAUCCAAACGAUCGAUUCAAUAAACCUCUUUCAUUCAUACACCAUCCUAUUCCAGGGUAUGAAUCGAAACUUAAGGUUUCCAUGAAUAGAUUCUUUGAUAGAAUUCUUCCUGGUCAAUUUGUCACCAGAAGUAACUUUUCAAUGCAAACACAUAGCCAAUUCUAUGUUGACGAUAAGAAUAAGGGCCAUAACAAUGCCAUCGAGGAGAUUGUCCCCCUCAAAUUGGAAGACAUUGAUUUUGAGAAGGAAAUGCACUACAGAAGUGAACGUCAAGUGUUGACAAAGUUACCAAAAACCGGCGCAGUUGUAUUCACAAUAAGAACAUACUUACAACCUUUAAGUGAGGUCAAGAGACAAGGCCCUGAAGUUAGAGAACGUCUUGUGGGAGCUAUCAAGGGAUUUCCUGAAGAAAUUGCUCUCUAUAAGAGAUCCAUAGAAUGGGGGCCAGCAGUAAUCCAAUAUUUAGAGAAGGAUGUGUAAACUUUAUAUCGAAGAAUAUUAUAUAUUCAUGUACGUACAUACAAAUAGAAAUUUCA